AUGUCGAACAGUCAACAACAAACACCGUCAGACCCAAUCCAGCAGGUGGCAGAACUGCUGGAGAGGAGCAGGCGCAACCUGCAGACUACCCGGGCGGACCCCGGAAGAACAGCGGCCAGGACACGACGCAUGCUACUUUAUCAAUUGCAAGGGGACUCGGCACUGUGGGCAGCCUACAUACGGGGAUGGGAAGAUAGGACGGCGGACGUGCACAGAAGCCUCUGUCAACCGCAGCCAUCCGCAAACUGA